ACGGGGGAUUGACUGCGCAGCCGAGCCAGCCAACGCCUGGAUCUUCAAGAACUUCGACCGAUGCAGGCCAUCCGGAGGAAGCGGGCCUACCUGCGGGAGGCCAACGAGUGGCUGCGGUGGGAGGACGAGGAGGGUGAAACCCUGGAAGGCGAGAACAUUUUCGCCAUCCAGGAUCUCCAUGACAGGGCCGCCAAAUGGUUGGCGGAUUCCGAGGACGAGGCCUACCUGCGCGGAGCUCGCUGGGAGGGAGGCGUAGGUGCAGACACCCCACGAGCGCGGUGGAUCCGCGCUCUGAGGCGCGAGUCGCGCCAGUUCGAGGCCGAGGGUGAACAGGUGCUCGCCCUAUACGACGUGUGGGAUGCCUGGGCCCUGAGGAUCCUCUUCGGGGAGGAGCCCACCCAGCCCGACCUGACGGAGGAGGACUGCCCCUGGAGCAGUGGGACUGAGACCCCCCCCCUGUAG